GGAAGUAUCGGGUUUGAUAACUCAAGGACGAAAUGGCAACUAUGAGCAAUGGGUGACUUCUUAUAAAGUAUUAUACAGCAUUGAUGGAAACUACUGGGAAACCAUUCUUGAAGAUGAUGGUCAACCAAAGGCGUUUGUUGGAAAUACUGACAAGGACACUGAAGUCACAUCGAUAUUUUCUGAAAAACUGAUAGCACAGUAUAUUCGCAUUCAUCCUCUCGAAUGGCAUGGACACAUUUCUAUGAGAUUUGAAGUUCUUGGUUGUCCAGCUGCUACGGAACCCAUUGCUGAAUGCCAAAAACCAGCUGGGCUGGAGUCACUUGAAAUACCAUCAGCAUCUAUAUCAGCCUCCAGUGAAUACGACGAUCAACAUGGCGCACGUCGCGGUCGACUUAACUUGACUCCUGACAGUGGUGGUAUUGGUGCAUGGGCCGCAAGAUCAAACGACCGCAAUCAGUGGAUCCAAGUUAAUCUUGGACAGGUGAAAGAAGUAACUGGAGUAAUAACACAAGGAAGAAAUGGCAAUUAUGACCAAUGGGUGACGUCUUAUGAAAUUCUUUAUGGAAUGGAUGGCAAUAGUUGGCAGCCAAUUCUCGGAGCAAAUGGACAAGCAAGGGAAUUUGUUGGAAAUUUUGACAAAGAUACCCAAGUACGACAUCUCUUUCCUGAGGCAGUUAUUGCAAAAUAUAUCAGAAUCCACCCUCUGAGAUGGAACGGACAUAUCAGUAUGAGAUUUGAAGUCCUUGUAUGUCUAAUACCUUGUAUUGAAGGCUUAGGUAUGGAAUCUGGCGCAAUCCCAUCAGCUAGCAUUAAAGCUUCUAGCGAAUACAAUGUCCAACAUGGACCACGUCGUGCUAGAUUGAAUCUCGUACCGGAUAGCGACGGUAUUGGUGCAUGGGCUGCCAAAACCAGAGAUCUUAAUCAAUGGAUCCAAGUUGAUUUGGGAAAAAUUAGGCAGGUUUCUGGUGUGGUGACACAAGGACGCAAUGGAUAUUCUCCUGGACAAUGGGUGGAGUCAUACAAGGUUUCUUACAGUAUAGAUGCCACCAACUGGGAACCAAUUGUGGGUAAUGCAGGCGUGCCAAUGGAAUUUGUCGGAAAUUCUGAUACGGACACCGCUGUCACCAGGUUAUUUGCUGCUGGAGUGCACGCUCGUUUUAUUAGAAUCCAUCCCCUCUCUUGGAAUGGACACAUAAGUAUGAGAUUUGAAGUUCUAGGUUGUCCAGUACCUUGUAUUGACGGCUUAGGUAUGGAAUCUGGUGCUAUCCCAUCAGCUAGUAUUAAAGCUUCCAGCGAAUACAAUGCCCAACAUGGACCCCGUCGUGGUAGAUUGAAUCUCGUACCGGAUAGCGAUGGUAUUGGUGCUUGGGCCGCAAAAACCAGAGAUCUUAAUCAAUGGAUACAAGUUGAUUUGGGGAAAAUAAGGCAGGUUUCUGGCGUGGUGACCCAAGGACGUAAUGGUUAUUCUCCUGGACAAUGGGUUGAGUCAUACAAGGUUUCUUACAGUAUGGAUGCCAACAAAUGGGAACCAAUUGUGGGUAGUACAGGCGUGCCAAUGGAAUUUGUCGGAAAUUCUGAUACGGACACCGCUGUCACCAGGUUAUUUCCUGCUGGAGUGCACGCUCGUUUCAUUAGAAUCCAUCCCCUCUCUUGGAAUGGACACAUAAGUAUGAGAUUUGAAGUUCUAGGUUGUCCAGUACCUUGUAUUGACGGCUUAGGUAUGGAAUCUGGUGCUAUCCAAUCAGCUAGUAUUAAAGCUUCCAGCAAAUACAAUGCCCAACAUGGACCCCGUCGUGCUAGAUUGAAUCUCGUACCGGAUAGCGAUGGUAUUGGAGCUUGGGCUGCCAAAACCAGAGAUCUUAAUCAAUGGAUACAAGUUGAUUUGGGAAAAAUAAGGCAGGUUUCUGGCGUGGUAACCCAAGGACGUAAUGGUUAUUCUCCUGGACAAUGGGUUAAGUCAUACAAGAUUUCUUACAGUAUGGAUGCCAACAAAUGGGAACCAAUUGUGGGUAGUACAGGCGUGCCAAUGGAAUUUGUCGGAAAUUCGGAUACGGACACCGCUGUCACCAGGUUAUUUCCUGCUGGAGUGCACGCUCGUUUCAUUAGAAUCCAUCCCCUCUCUUGGAAUGGACACAUAAGUAUGAGAUUUGAAGUUCUAGGUUGUCCAGUACCUUGUAUUGACGGCUUAGGUAUGGAAUCUGGUGCUAUCCCAUCAGCUAGUAUUAAAGCUUCCAGCGAAUACAAUGCCCAACAUGGACCCCGUCGUGCUAGAUUGAAUCUCGUACCGGAUAGCGAUGGUAUUGGUGCUUGGGCCGCCAAAACCAGAGAUCUUAAUCAAUGGAUACAAGUUGAUUUGGGGAAAAUAAGACAGGUUUCUGGCGUGGUGACCCAAGGACGUAAUGGUUAUUCUCCUGGACAAUGGGUUGAGUCAUACAAGGUUUCUUACAGUAUGGAUGCCAACAACUGGGAACCAAUUGUGGGUAGUACAGGAGUGCCAAUGGAAUUUGUCGGAAAUUCUGAUACGGACACCGCUGUCACCAGGUUAUUUCCUGCUGGAGUGCACGCUCGUUUCAUUAGAAUCCACCCCCUCUCUUGGAAUGGACACAUAAGUAUGAGAUUUGAAGUUCUAGGUUGUCCAGUACCUUGUAUUGACGGCUUAGGUAUGGAAUCUGGUGCUAUCCCAUCAGCUAGUAUUAAAGCUUCCAGCGAAUACAAUGCCCAACAUGGACCCCGUCGUGCUAGAUUGAAUCUCGUACCGGAUAGCGAUGGUAUUGGUGCUUGGGCUGCCAAAACCAGCGAUCUUAAUCAAUGGAUCCAAGUUGAUUUGGGAAAAAUAAGACAAGUUUCUGGUGUGGUGACCCAAGGACGUAAUGGAUAUUCUCCUGGACAAUGGGUGCAGUCAUACAAGGUUUCUUACAGUAUAGAUUCCAACAACUGGGAACCAAUUGUGGGUAGUACAGGCGUGCCAAUGGAAUUUGUCGGAAAUUCGGAUGCGGACACCGCUGUCACCAGGUUAUUUCCUGCUGGAGUGCACGCUCGUUUUAUUAGAAUCCAUCCCCUCUCUUGGAAUGGACACAUAAGUAUGAGAUUUGAAGUUCUAGGUUGUCCAGUACCUUGUAUUGACGGCUUAGGUAUGGAAUCUGGUGCUAUCCCAUCAGCUAGUAUUAAAGCUUCCAGCGAAUACAAUGCCCAACAUGGACCACGUCGUGCUAGAUUGAAUCUCGUACCGGAUAGCGAUGGUAUUGGUGCUUGGGCUGCCAAAACAAGUGAUCAUAAUCAAUGGAUCCAAGUUGAUUUGGGGAAAAUAAGGCAGGUUUCUGGUGUGGUGACCCAAGGACGUAAUGGAUAUACUCCUGGACAAUGGGUGCAGUCAUACAAGGUUUCUUACAGUAUAGAUUCCAACAACUGGGAACCAAUUGUGGGUAGUACAGGCGUGCCAAUGGAAUUUGUCGGAAAUUCGGAUGCGGACACCGCUGUCACCAGGUUAUUUCCUGCUGGAGUGCACGCUCGUUUCAUUAGAAUCCAUCCCCUCUCUUGGAAUGGACAUAUAAGCAUGAGAUUUGAAGUGCUAGGUUGCCCAGUGGCUGACGAAACCAACCCUGUCAAAUAGAACGGAUGCUGUCGACAUGCUGUACUUUUGCAUAGUGUUGAAACAGUAGUAUUCUCUAAAAAUAAACAUUAUCCACAAUUCUAACGACAAAAUACAGUGCUUAAUAAAUGCUUACAAAUUAUUGGUUGAUAAGGCUUAAUCUUUUUCGUUUAAGGUAUGCUAAUGUAAACAUAGCCUUAAAUCAAUAGGACACUACAUCGAUCAUUCAUAUUAUUUAAUGGUAAAUGUUGAAUAAAAUUGCAAAAUGCAUGUAUGCAAAAAAUAUGGAAUUUUUUAUUAUAUUAUUAUUAUAAAUCUUCAUAGAAUUUCGUUUGGCUUUGAUAUUAAAUAGAUUAGAUAUUAUAUUAAAGAUGAAAUGUAGCUUUUACAAAAGCAUAUUGUCACCUGUUACACUAAACUAAAGUAAAAUAAAGUUCUAGGAUAUUAAGUAAUCGAUUUGAAAUAUCAGCAUGACCUUUUAAACUCAUGUUUCUUUGCAUUGCCAGAGGAAAACAAAUUUCCAGAUGUUUUAUUGGACAAUAAAUCUUAUCUUACCUUAUUUAACAUUAACGAUGAAUUUAAUUUUGUGUUUUAUGCGAGUAAAAAAUUGGAUUUCUGACGAAAAUUGUUCAACAUUUGGUAAACUAAUAUGAAAUUAAUAUAUAUUUACGUUCCUUGUUAUCAGUUAUGAGUUGCAUGUAUUUAAUGAGGUAAUAAACAAGAAAAUCGAUUAAA